GGAGACGGAGACAGAAAACUCGCGUCCCUUCCAACUCUUUUGAAAGAAGGGUACGGAGGUGUGAUUUGAAAGACUGGUUCGUGACGAUUCCAAACCAGCACUGUUAUAACGUGUAGUCGGGAGGUAAACGAUUUAUUGUCUUGAAUUAACAAAUGUUCUGGGGAUCAAAGGUAAAGGGACGGCAUGUCGUACUCCAAAGAUGAAGCUGACGGGUUUCCCAUGUACAGUCUGCAAGCACAGGACGACACCACUGUUUAUAAUAGAUCGGGUAUUCCUUGCAAUCCCGAGGCUGACGUGAAUAAUUCUCCUCUUCGGAAAAAUGGUGCACCCAUUGCCUGCACGGAGACGGUCAAAAGUAAUUCGUCGACCCGCUUUUACCGACCAUACUUGACCAAGACGAGCGUGCAGGGAGAUGUGUACAACUUCUUAGAAAGACCCAGCGGUUGGAAGUGCUUUUUAUAUCAUUUCUCUGUAUUCUUGAUGGUGUUGAUUUGUUUGAUCUUCAGUGUGCUAUCUACUAUAGAUUAUUAUGCUGAUUUUGCCACAGGAUCUCUUUUUUGGAUGGAAAUUGUAUUAGUGGUGUUUUUUGGAGCUGAAUAUGUCGUCCGGCUAUGGUCUGCAGGCUGCAGGAGUAAAUAUGUUGGUGUUAAAGGAAGGAUUCGGUUUGCCAGAAAACCUAUUUCAAUUAUAGAUCUGAUUGUAGUGAUUGCAUCCAUCAUAGUUCUCAGCGUUGGAUCAAAUGGCCAAGUGUUUGCCACUUCCGCUAUCAGGGGUAUUCGUUUCCUUCAGAUCUUAAGGAUGCUGCAUGUAGACCGGCAAGGUGGUACUUGGAGACUUUUGGGAUCUGUUGUAUUCAUUCAUCGUCAGGAGCUCAUAACAACACUAUACAUAGGCUUUUUGGGUCUGAUUUUUUCUUCCUAUUUCGUGUAUCUGGCUGAAAAAGAUGCGGUUGAUGAGAAAGGGAUGACUGGAUUUGGAAGUUAUGCUGAUGCUUUAUGGUGGGGUGUGGUAACAGUGACAACAAUUGGAUAUGGCGACAAAGUUCCACAGACAUGGAUUGGAAAAACAAUAGCUUCCUGUUUCUCCGUUUUUGCAAUAUCUUUCUUUGCACUUCCAGCAGGUAUACUGGGAUCUGGAUUUGCUCUUAAAGUUCAGCAGAAACAACGUCAAAAACAUUUCAGUCGGCAGAUACCUGCUGCAGCCUCUCUCAUUCAGACCUUAUGGAGAUGUUAUGCUGCAGAGAAGACCCACAGCUCUACUGCUACAUGGAAUAUAUAUCUAAUGCCUCCCGAUCGUAGUUCCAAAAUAUCAGCAGCAGCAGCCAGUCCACAAAUGAGAAAACAGUAACUUCCUCUCAAAAAAUAUAAAAGAAAAUGCAAAACAGGACAAGAUAAUGAGACAGCACUUGCGGUGAAUACUGGAGAACAUGCUGUUUCAGUACCACGGAUAACCUAUGACCGUACUGAUGAAAAGGAAGAUAAGAAAGAUGUCACGUUUUUUAUCGAUGAGACAUCAGGUCUUACAAGGAUGUUUAGACAAUCUGAUCGACAGUUUUCCUGGUCCUCCUUCACCAUCUGUACCUCAAGCUGUCCCUCAUCACCAGUGAGAAAACGUGCCACUGAAGGAAAUCCAAACGAUAUUUCGCGGACCAGCAGUUUUACUGAUGGAAUGGACUUGAUGGUUGAAGAAUCAGCGCUGCCGGUGGUGACAGAUGUAUUACAAUUAACAGAAGCACAUAGGACCGCUGUAAAAGUUAUCCGACGUAUGCAGUAUUUUGUUGCCCGAAGAAAAUUUCAGCAAGCACGAAAACCGUAUGAUGUACGAGAUGUUAUUGAACAAUAUUCCCAGGGACACCUAAAUAUGAUGGUCCGGAUCAAAGAACUACAACGAAGGUUGGAUCACUCCCUGGGAAAACCUGCAUUUUUUCUUUCAGAAAAGGGACUAGACAAAGGAUACUACACUGCAGGAGCCAGACUGAUUCGUCUGGAAGAUAAGUGCGGUCACGCACCAGCAGCAUGAACCCCAGCAGGUUGAGCACACAGCCCCGGGGAGCGCUGCUACUCCAUGUGAUGAAGCUAGAGGUGUUGCUGC